AUGACGUUUACACAUAGAUACCAUGACGUUACAAAAAAGACAGCACUAAUGCAUAACAAAAGUAAUCUUCAACAUCUUUUAUCUGAAGAAUUAGUACCAUCGUUUGAUAGCCGAAUUUUAGUAGUAGGAGCUUAUGAAGCUGGAAAAACAACCCUAGUGGCGAAUUUAAUCGGUAAAGCCAUUCCCAGAGAGAGACAGAGUACUGAUGGAAUAGAUGUGCACUUCGCAAAAUUGUUAUUUGAUCUGAAGACGCAAAAACUUCUGCAAAACACGAAAGGUGUUCACAGUUAUCAUAAGGCAAUUUACCAAAAGGUUUCAACAUAUCUUAAAUCAAAGACAGAAGAAAGACGUUUACAAGAGUUCGACUUCAUCCCGGUGAAAACACAAUCAGAUAUACCAGAUGAUGAAAUUUUACAAAAACUUUCUGAAAGUAUGGAUAAAUUUUGCGAUUCCAACGACCUGCAAAAUCGUGAAGUUAUUCCCAUUCCGGUAUUAGAUUUUGCCGGACAGAUUAUUUACCAUGUAACUCAUCAGACCUUUAUCACCUCACAUGGAAUAUAUCUUAUCACAGUUGAUGGCAGUAGGAAUCUCGAUGAUCCUAUUAAUGAAGGAGGUGGAGAGAGGAAGAUAACAAUACUCGACAAUGUCCGACAAUGGGUUUCAUCUAUUCUGAUGUAUAGUCAUCCUGAUUGUAAAGACUAUCCAAAAGUGAUGUUUGUAGCAACACACAAAGACCUUGUCUGCCAGAAUGACAUACCAACAAGACGAUCACAAAUGUUGGAUUGUUUAUCCUCCUGCUUCAUAGAUGAGAAAUCUAAGAGCCAUCUUAUGUUGGACAAACUUUUCUUUGUUAAUGCCAUGAAUAAUAACGACCCUGAGAUGGAGGAAUUAAAGAAAAGUCUAUCGAAGACAAUAACCGAAAAUCCUCAGUGGGAACAAAAAGUACCAAAACAGUUUUUAAUUCUUGAGAUGAUGUUGGCAAUGUUAGUAGAUGAGGGGAAAUAUAUCAUCAGUCAUGAAGAUGUUGAGAAAAUAAAUACACAAAUGGGUGUGAAACCGUUGUCUGAAGCAGAGUUGGAGUUGUUUUUACGCGUUCAGAAUAUUUGCGGGAAAAUGACAUACAUUGAGUAUCCAAACCUCCGAAACUUUAUAGUUAUUAACCCAACUUGCUUAAUUGAUGUUCUGAAGUCUAUUGUAACAUCAAUGCCUGACGCAUCCAGCCUACAUCAAGGACGUAUUACCAAGGCAAGUUUGAAAAAUAUUUGGAGUUCAAAACAAUUUGUCCCUUUUCUGCAGCAUGAAGAAUAUUUCCGAACGCUUUUGGUCCACUAUGACAUCCUAUCAGAAAUGAAACGUUACGACAAAGAAAGUGGGAAAACAAUAUUUGAUGAUUGUUAUCUUGUACCUUGUAUGAUUACGAAUCGAGAUGAGAAAACCUUUGUGGAACGACAUCUUAUAACAAGCAAAUGUGUUGGGUUUGUAUUUGAAUUCAAGGCUUUGAAUGUUCCCGACGCAAUACCAAGCAGACUCAUAGCAAGCGUGAUUAGUAUCUGGAAUAUCAGACGUUAUGAGAAUGUAGAGUUGCUUUUCCCUGGCUUUGUAGCUGUUACACUGGAUAGAAAACACGAUUUAGUGGUAAGAACGGAACGCAACACAGUAGCAGUGUACAUCCUUCACAAGGAAAGAAAAGAGUUGAUAAUUAAAGAUCUUGCCUCCAGUGUACGACAAUGUUUAGAGCAGAAUCUAGGAAGGAUAUCAGAAGUGUAUUCGUUCUCAUUUACUAGUGAAAUCACAUCAAAGAAAUACGUUCCAUUUGAUAUCAAGAUGAAACAUGGAUGUCUUUCACAAGAUUGUGUAUUGGAUGCAAGUGAAAUAGACGGAACUCAGCCCGAAUGGAUAUGUGACAACCAUGGAUAUAAAACACCAAAGUCUGAACUUGAUAUUUGGUAUACUAACAGGACUGUCUUACAGUGCACAGAUUCUUGUCAAGGUAUUCUAGACGCGGUUCUAUCGAUGUUACCCAACGAUGCACAGUUGUUACGGAUUGUCAACAGCCUGACGAAGGAAGAAGUUCGUAGCUUGGCAGUCAAUCUUGGGAUCUCUAAUCCUGAAUUUGAUGCCAUUGAUACAGACUCUACGUCUAUGUUGAAGUUUUACAGUCUUCGUACUUGCAGGGAGAAAAACAAAUCAUGUAAAGAUUUCGUCAAAGCCAUGGAGGCUUCUGACAUCAAUAGACACACAAUGUGUCAGAUUCUACGACAAGCAGAAGUGCUGACUGAAUUGCCAGACAAAAUUUUGAAUCUGCCACCAAGUGAUGAGAUGUUAGAUAAAUUAAGUCUCCGCAUUGGUAAGGAAUGGAUGGUUUUGGGAUUAGAACUUGAUCUUCAAAUCGAACGUCUGGAACAGAUAGAAUAUGAAACCGUAAAAGUUCUGCGGGAAGUCAGUAGGCAGAUGCUUUAUUGUUGGAGAAAUAGAGAUGACAACGCAACAACAAAGGAACUAUUGUAUGCUUUAGCAAGAUCUGGACGAAAUCCACAACUGAUUACAGAAAUUCUAGAAAAUUGUGACAGUUAUCCGAACAUAAUUCCUGUUGAUUAACAUUUCUAGAAUCAUACUGUGACAUGUAUGAAUCAUCAGAUGAUAAAUGUUUGAUUACAUCAAAUUUCCAGUUGUUAUAAAAAGCUUGUCCUGAUGUUAGUUUGCUUAUAAAUAAGCUGUGAUUUGUAUAUUUUAACAGGUGAAAUGUUACAUUUAGUUGCUGUUCAUCAUAACUUUUUGUUAUAACUUUCGUUUUGGUAUUGAAAGAAACCCGAAAGUCUGUAUUGACCAGAUUGGACUUUUUCUAUGACAUUUUCCCACUACUUAGACGUAUUAUCAACAAAUUUUAUUAAUGUUUAAUAUGAAAAUAGGAGAUGCGGUAUAACAGACAAUAAGACACCUGGCCACCUAUGUUUAGAUAAACAUAAUGUAAGCAAAUAUAAGUUACUGUCCGUCCUUAAACUACAUUGUAUAAGAACACAAAACAAUUUACCGUAUAGUUAGCUAUGAAAGGCCCUGGCAUGACAAUAUGAAAAAAUUAAAUUAAGGAAACUAACGGCCUAAUAUUUUCUUUUUUUUUUAUCUGGUAUACCCACACAAGUACAUAAUAUUUACAUGCGAGGCCCUUGAAAAAGCUUAAUGUUGCGGUUUAGUUUAAUACUAGUUUGCUUUCCAUUUAAAAGAAUAGUACUAGUAUUAUGCAUUUAUUUCCCGUGCCUGAGGGAGAUAUGAACAUGAAUUCAACCAAAGAUAUUCAUAUUUCACGAGGGCUGUGAUUUUUCGCGGAUGAGCAAAUCUUCAUAUCUCCCGAACCCAAAGAAAAUAAAUGCUAUGG